ACAGCUCUAAGACACAGGGACCGAAGGAGAAGCCAAGAGAGGCAGGAAGAGGUGGCAAAGGAGUGCUAGAGAAGAUAAGGAGGCUGAGCUCCGACAGGGAGUAGGGAGGAGGGGCCAUCUUGAGACUGGUGCCCUGCGAGCUCCACCCCACCCCUCCAUGCAGUUCCCCAUGGGCCCCGCCUGCAUCUUCUUGAGGAAAGGCAUUGCUGAGAAACAGCGGGAAAGACCACUGGGACAAGAUGAGAUUGAAGAGCUGCGGGAAGCAUUUCUUGAGUUCGAUAAGGACAGAGACGGGUUCAUCUCUUGUAAGGAUCUGGGGAAUCUCAUGAGGACGAUGGGUUACAUGCCCACGGAGAUGGAACUGAUUGAGCUCGGCCAGCAAAUCCGCAUGAACCUGGGUGGCCGUGUAGACUUUGAUGACUUUGUGGAGCUGAUGACCCCCAAAUUGCUUGCAGAAACAGCUGGGAUGAUCGGUGUCCAGGAGAUGCGGGAUGCCUUCAAGGAGUUUGACACGAAUGGAGAUGGGGAGAUCACCCUGGCGGAGCUACAGCAGGCCAUGCAGAGACUCCUGGGGGAGCGGCUCACCCCCCGGGAGAUCUCUGAGGUUGUCCGGGAGGCUGAUGUUAAUGGAGACGGCACCGUUGACUUUGAAGAGUUUGUGAAGAUGAUGUCUCGCUGAGGAGGUCCUGGAAGCCCCAGACCCUCUCCACAUGGUCAACAUGGAGCAAGCGCUUGUGGAAAACCAAAGCCCCAAAGCCCCAAAGCCCCAGAUCCCCUUAAAGCAGAGAGGGAGGGCAGGCGGGAGGGAGGGCAUUGGCAUGCAGCGCUGUGCAUGGGGUGAGACCCAGAGCGGUAUCUUUGCCAGGAUGGGGGCGUCUGCAGAACUAGAUUAAGAAGGAAGAGUCUGUGGAUGGAAAUAGGAAGCAUGGGAGGGUCCAGUUGCCACCCCCAAAAAUUCCAAUGAUUCUUGACAUCUUUUCACUUCACGUAGUCCUAAGUCCCUGUGACCUGCCAGAGUCUCUUCCCCAGCUUCCCCUUGGGUGAAAAUAGUCUCUUCUCCUGUUGGGUAUCAAAAGGUUCAGAACGUAGUCUCUACUCUUCCCCUGCCUGCAUCAACUGUUGCAAAUCCCCUGUUUCUCUCUCCCGGUAAGGGGACAAAUUAUACUUUAUUCAGGUGAUGGUUAAACCAACAGCCCAGACUUCACCACUACGCAAUAUAUCCAUGUAACAAAACCGCACUUGUACUCCCUAAAUCUAUAGAAAUACAAAAUGAAAUAAAAAGGAUGCAAAUCAAUACAGAGCUGGAAACAGAGUUGUUGUUGAGGCUGGGCUGGGAAAUGGCUCGUGCAAGUGGCAUUCAAAGUCAACUCCUUCCUUUUCCUGAUUUCCUGGAAGCACUGUCUGGUUUCUCUCUCCCUCUCUCUCUCUCUCUCUCUCUCUCUCUCUCUCUCUCUCUCUCUCUCCCCUCCCACAUCCCUUCCUUUGUGUAAGAUACUCAGGGGACUGAAUUAAACCACAAAUCUGGAUUAUCAAGGUUUAGAGCUAGCUGAUCCCUGGGGAAUUAAUCCCCUGAAAAAAUGUCAUCAUGCAAAGAGAGAGAUGACAGGAUCCCCCAAAUCCCCAGUUCAGCCAGGUUGUUGCAAAGUCUUUCCUAGAAGCCU